AUGCACACUUCAGCCUUCCAGAAGACUCGGGGGGUUAAUCUCCACACCUUUCACAUCACAUCGUGCGGCCUAGAGCAGCUGCCGUCGUCAUUCACGCAGCUGGCGUCGCUGACCAGGCUGGAGCUGGAAGAGUGCGACAUUGCUGAGCUUCCAGACGGCAUGGGCGAGAUGACAAACCUGCAGGAGCUCUACAUUCGUCGCUGCCUUUCUCUUGAGGAGCUUCCGGAUUUUGUGGCGGCGCUUGUCAGCCUUCGAGUGCUGAGGAUUACAGAGUGUCACGAUCUUGCAUCGGUUCCAAGGAGGCUGGAUGGGCUGACCAGCCUGACGCAGUUGGAGCUGCGGGACAGCUGGGUUCUGAGCGAAGUCCCUCAGGCUCUGCCACCCAGUCUCCAGGUUCUCCGGUACUCAGACAAUCAGCAGGUGGAGUCUGUGCCAGAUGUUUCAAGCCUUACAGGGCUCAGGGAGCUGUGCUUGCACACGGUGGAUGCGGCCUGCCUUGAGGCCAUCGGUGAGCAUCUCUCCGGUGUGAGGCACUUGGACCUGGAGCUGGCAGAAGGAGCCGAGGAGUCUCUGUCCGCGCUGACCAGGUUGCCUCACCUCCGCACCUUGUCAGCCUCGGGGGUCCGUAGUGUGAACUCGCUGGUGGAGUGUGAGGGCUCGGGUUUGCAGGAGCUACGGGAGCUGCACAUCUCCACGAUGAGGGAUGCUGGACUCGCAGAGCUGCCUGCUGCCAUCACCACUCUCCACCACCUCACAUCCAUUAAGAUCAACGCGGAAAACUUGUCUUCUCUUCCGCACAACUUUGGGGCAUUCUCAAGGCUGCGUGAGUUGGACCUAUCCCACUGCUCAUCUCUCGAGCAUCUCCCUCCUUCCCUCACGCAGCUUUCCUGUUUGCAUGAGCUGAACGUCAGCUACACCAGCAUCCAUCUUCUUCCGCCUGGCUUUGCUCAGCUCAGCAGACUGAGGAGGCUUGAUGUCCAUGGAUGCAAGGAGCUGGAGGCUCUGCCGAACGAUUUAUCUGAGCUUAGAAUGCUCGAGCAAGUUGAUACGGCUGGGUGUGACAUGCUCCGGCAGUGA